CGAGACUACCGCGACCGUUCCGCGAUCCUAACCUAUCCGAGAACGUCUGUCGCGUACCGGGUCACAAGAUAAUGUUAACAACAAUAGUAGGCCGCGGCAUCAGACGCUUCGAGGUCGCGGUAUUGCGCAAACGGCGCUGUUACCCGCUUUACUUGCUGUUGCUCGUGAACCCGAUCAAAAUCGCGGCCUGCGAAAGUGCCAAAAUGUCCGCGACAGGCGGCGACGGCAGCCACAGGAUAAACAUCGCCGACGGCCUCCUGCUUUACUACAACGAGUACUCGUUUUAUUCGCAGAAGGUCGUGCUCGCGCUCCACGAAAAGGGUCUGCGGUUCGACACGCACAGCAUAAAUCUCGCGCGGUACGGACAAUACGAGCCGUGGUUCCUGCAAAUAAACCCGAAAGGCGAGGUACCGGUGCUGCAGGAUACAGGCAAGAUCAUUCCCGAUUCUGCGCGCAUAAUCGACUACCUCGAGGACAACUUUAGCAACGGUGACACUCCACGACUUAUCCCAAUGGAGCCGGAAGUGCGCCAGCGGGUGACCUAUUUCAGGGGAAUUAUAGACAAAAUCAAUGGGAACGUCAUCACCAUCGGCUCGUUCAUUCACCCGGAAACUGCGUCCAAUCCGAAACUGCCAUUUAUCGGUCCCGUGAGGAGCGCCCUCUUGCAGCAAGAGAGAAACAGUAGCGUCAACCUAAAGAAAAUAGCCGAAUCUAACCCGGAGGCGAGGGAUAUGCUGUUGCGCAAGGCGGCAGACCACGAGCUCAAAUUCAGUGUGCUCGAAGACAAGGAGGAGUUUCUGAAGGUGUUACGUGAAGUAGACGCGGUACUCGAUCAAGUCGAGGCGGAGUUGGGAAACCACGAGGGUGAUUCUAGGACCUGGUGGUUGUGUUCGGAUCGUUUCACCGUCGCCGACAUUUCGCUGACAAUGCUCCUCGAACGUAUAUACGAGGUGGGGCUGGAAUCGCGAUUCUGGACGGGCGGUAAGCGUCCGCGCGUGGAAGAGUACUUCGCCCGCGUACGGGAACGCGACUCAUACCGUAACACGAUACCCAGCACCAUGUUUUUCGUCAAGAUGGUUUUCGCGUCGCAGGCGCCACUUUUUAUCGGCCUCGGCGUCGUCACCGCCAUCGCGGUGCUGGUCGGCGGCUUCUUCGUCGUCCGCAGGAUGUACAAAUAAACUUGCAUUUGUUCGACGUUAUUUAAUUUUUUUUUUCUUUCACGCUAUGCGGCACAAGAUAUUGCGACCAAAGGUUUUCACCCAUUUGUACAUUUACCUUGGAUUUAGAAAUUUAAAUUGCCCGCUGUAUGAGUGAAUAGUUUUGAUUGGUCGAAUUGUCAAAUCAAAUGAUCGAUUCUGAUUGGCUGAAGAAAGUGGCAGGUCGGAACAAGAUGGUGGAAUUAAAAAUGUUUUAGUUUGGGGAAGUGAAGCCUUAUUCUGGAAACUUUUUAAAAAUACGAGCAUACUAAACUGUGUUAAAACUAUCAAAGAA